CUCGGGAUAGCUCGCCUUGAACACUUAGUGAAAUUAAUCGGACAGACCAAGUUAAGUUAGAGCUCAAAUUGAAAAAUAUCACCUACAUGAAACAUACGUAUCUGGAAAGAUUUACGGAUUUCCGGAUUCUAGAUUCGGGACAAGAUUUGGCGUAUUAGUAGUGAUUUUAAUUUCCAAUUUUCGUUAUGAACUUCCUGUGAUACAAUUUGAUUUAAUGCCUGGAAUAGUAAUACAUCAUAGGUAGCAGUAGCAGAAGCCAUCAGCCCGUCUUAGUCGGGAGGAGACGCAACUACUAUGUCCAUUUUGGAUCAAUCCAGGACCCUUCCGCAUAUUCCAGGUUUACCGCCAGUCUCACAGCCCAUGAUGCCUCCCCACGCGAUGGAUGGACCUCCUAAUUCAGAUGUCCUUUUGGCCUUGUUGGCUAGAAACAAAGCGCUUGAAGCUACAAUCCCAAAAUGUGGAGGAUGUCACGAACUGAUUUUGGACAGAUUCAUUCUAAAGGUAGCAGAUAGGACGUGGCACGCCAAAUGCCUUCAAUGCAGCGACUGCAGAGUACAACUAACCGACAAAUGCUUCGCUAGAAACGGACAACUCUUUUGUAAAGAUGAUUUUUUCAAACGAUUCGGCACGAAGUGUGCGAGCUGCGAGCUGGGGAUCCCACCGACCCAAGUCGUCCGAAGGGCACAGGACAACGUCUACCAUCUUCAGUGCUUCGCCUGCAUCAUGUGUGCGAGACAACUCAACACCGGGGACGAGUUUUACCUCAUGGAGGAUAGGAAAUUAGUGUGUAAGCCAGACUACGAAGCGGCUAAGAACAAAGCUGCAGAAUGUUUGGACGGAGACCAACCGAAUAAACGGCCAAGGACGACAAUAACUGCAAAACAAUUAGAAACGUUGAAGACGGCGUAUAACAAUAGUCCGAAACCUGCCAGACACGUUAGGGAACAACUUAGUCAAGAUACAGGGUUAGACAUGAGGGUAGUCCAAGUAUGGUUUCAAAACAGGAGGGCGAAAGAAAAAAGGCUAAAGAAGGACGCUGGAAGAACGAGAUGGAGUCAAUACUUUAGAUCUAUGAAAGGCGGAUCAUCACCUAGACACGAUAAAUUAUUAGACAAAGAUGAAAUGAAAGUGGAUUUGGAUAGUUUUAGUCAUCAUGAUCUAAGUGACGAUAGUUACGGAACUGUAGUAAAUAUGGGCAUGGAUCAAGAUGGAUCAUCACCACACAGUGGAAUCGGAAGACCGUCGUUUCUCCAUGGUGCCACUUCUCCACCAUAUUUACCUGGGCAUGCGUCACCGCACGGCCAUGAUCACUUCUCCUCAUAUCCCGAUCAACUCUCAGUUUACGCUAGUUUAGGUCAAGGUGCUCAUUCUGGCAUGCCAUUAGCUCACAACAUUCCUGCGGGUGCCGACACGGACAUCAGCAACGACAGCAGUCCUCGGGGGUACCCAGAUUUCCCACCUAGUCCUGAUUCUUGGUUAGGGGAACCGUCCAGCGCACACUACUGACCCCCCUUCGUCAUUUCCAAAUCUAACCUCAAACCAAAGAGUUGUUUAUCAGUGCUACAAACGAUCCUUAACAAAAUUCAAAUUUUUAUAUCAAACUUUAUAAGCCCUAUGGUUUUUGUCAUUUAGAACGGCUUAACUUCCCUCUGGUUUUACAACUUGACAAAUGUAAUCCCAAAUGUUUAGUUUGUCGUAAAAUUUUAACAUUAGUUAUUAUUUUAACCCUGUUUUUAAAUCAGGAGGAGUAAACUCAAAAGACAGUUUCUCACUCAAUAAUGUCUCUAGAAAAAUCACCAAAUACAUUUUCUUUUUUGGUUGAUCAUGUCGGCCUUAGGCGGCAAUCUAUAUAUUCUAUUAUACUAAUACAUCGCUAAAUAGUUUUAAAUACUGUUCUUAUAUAAAACCAGACUAAAAAUCUAUAAAUUAAAGGAAGAACGCAGAAAACACAAAAAUCACCGAUAUAACGUAAUUAACCUAUGAAAUGCCAACAGUGUCAAAAUUUCAUAAAUGUCAAUGGUGUCAAAAUUUCACAAAUGUCAAUAGUGUCAAAAUUUCAUUACAGUGGAGUAAACUAGCCUGCGGUUGCCUUUUGAAUUACUCCUCCUAGUUUAAAAACAGGGAUUAAUAUUUUACGUAUAAAGAAAUAGUUUAGAUUUUGUUUUUUGUGAAACAAUUUUUUUUACCGAGAUGAAAAUUUUGCCAAAUUUUAAUUGCACUGGGACAAGGAAUGCAGGAAAAGGAGAUAUUCUAUUUUUAAAAUCAGUUCUAGUUUACAUACAGAAUACGUAAUACAUGUGUGUGCCCAGUUAUAUUUUUUUACUCAGUUCUAAAUAUUACCAGGUUUACCAGACUGUCAAAAUUACAUGUAAAGAUUAGAGGGAAGUUAAAUUACAAGCAAAAAUACUUUUGGUUGUCAAUGUAUCACUGCAUAAAUGAACAAUCGGUCAAUUUCAAAAAAUAUUGUACAAAGUUUUGAAUAAAAAAAGAUGUUGAAAUUGGCAGUGACCAAAAAAUGUCAAAGUUCUAUGCAGAGUAUUAUAACAGUUAAAUAAUUUACUACCUACAUAUUUUUGUUUUGUCAAACACUAAAAGUACGGGAUUGAUUUAAAAUAUAACAAAAUAAUUUUUACAAAAUAACCAAUAUAAAUCAGUUUAAAUAACAUUCUUGAUAGACCAGGGCGCAUCUGUAAAAAUAUUAGUACAUUUGGACGUUGAAAGGUGACUCAAAUUUGUUUGCAGAAAUUGCUUGAAAAUAACUCAAAUAAUAAUAUUUGAGUUAUCCUCCCUCUCAAAAAGGUCCGGAACAUUGUUUAAAUAAUCAAAAUGUCAAAAAAUGAAGGAAAAACUCGAUUUUUUUUCUUCGUUUGUUGAUUAUAACUUUAAAAGUAUGUAUUCAUUUCUGAGAAAAGUGGUACUGGCAUAAAAGUCGUGUAAUUAAAUUUCCUACAACAUAGAAUUGGUUAAAAAUUUUAAAAAUAGUCACCCUUGUUGCAAAAUAGCAAUAAUUGCGAAAAAACCAUACAAAAACAAGUAUUCGCAUUUUACGUUUUUCAACCAUUUAUACUACACUUAGGACCUUCAUAUUUCUCUCAAAAAAACUCUAUGAUGCAGUAAAAUAAUAAUGUUAAUUUCAUUACGAUCGGUUUAAUAGAUUCUGCAAAAUAAAUCUUGCAAUCCAGCUUUCGCAAAAAGAAUUCAUUUUUUCAAAAUGUUACAGGACUGAAAAUAAAAGCAGAUAGCAAGUUGAAUUUUUUUUGCUUAUAGAAGUGUACUGUACCUUUUAUUUGCAAUUUGCAAAAUUAAAAUCGAUUAACUACCACGGCGUCAGGAAUUUUUUAAAUAAACAUUAAUUAUUGGUGCUACGCGCAGGACAGCGGAUAGUUUGCUCUGAUUGGGCUUUCCAAUGACCUUUGAUAAUGAUUGAUACAUUUUAAUUUUUAUUACAUUUCGAUAUAAAUAAAUAUAUUUGUUUAUUGCAAAAUAAAAACACAUACCCUAUCCUUUGAAAUAACACUUUUUUUAGCAAAAACUUUCUUUGUUCAUAUAUUUUAACUUAGAGAAUAAAAGUUUAUUAUUUUUAAACAUAUGCAAUUGUUUAAACAAUAUUUCACAAACAAUAAUAAAAUUAGUUUGAUUUUUGUGGAAUUAAAAUAUUAAAAUACAACAAAAUAUAGAGUAAGAAAAUAAUAUAUUAGAUAAAGAUUGGAAGAAAUUUUGGUGGAAAUCAACUUGUGUGAAUCGAACACCGUUGUCCUGCGCGUAGCACCAAAAAUUAAUGUUUAUUUAAAAAAUUUCCUGACGC